GAUGACGUAUGAGGCACCCCGGAAGUUUCCCAGGGGUUGUUACGGUUGCCUCACUUCGGUGUAUGUUGUGUAGAGAGGAUCAUAUCUACAUUACUGUUAUUUUUUGCACUUAUUUGUCACAGUUUGGAGCUCUUAUAGGGCUGAAGUUCGAGGACAUGAAGCUGUUUAUAAUUAUUGUGCUGUCGUUUGUGUUGGUGGAGGAUGUCAGGAGCUGGGAUGACGCAGGUAGUGUGCUGCUCCGGGAUGUCCAGGUGUUAACUCUGUACAGGGAUAGGUACACAUCAGCGAGGCGGUCCAGCCCUGUGCCUCAGCUCCAGUGUGUCGGAGGUUCAGCUGGCUGCCAUGCUUUCGUCCCAGAGGUGGUCCAGUGUCAGAACAAAGGCUGGGAUGGAGUGGACGUACAGUGGGAGUGUAAAACAGACAUGGACAAUUCCUAUCGAUUCGGCCGCAUUGAAGUGAGUUGUGAGGGCUACAGUCAUCCAAAUGACGCCUACAUACUGAAGGGCUCUUGUGGUCUGGAGUACACACUGGAACUGACCGCUGAAGGUCGGAAAAGAUCCCAGGGAAGCUGGGGAUCCCAGAGUGGUUCCAAUGGGUUUGGAGGUCUCGGGGGCUUUGCCUCCAGUUUCUUCAAUGCCUUCUCUGGGAAUAAGCGUCAUUCCCAUCACAACCAGGAGGCGCAUCAGAGCACAUACCCAUCUAGUGGUGAGGACUCAGGCAGCCUGCUGGUUGUAGUUGUGCUCCUGGGUUUAGCUUACGGUGUCUACAAGCUGUUCCUCAGUGGGGGUGUGGCCCAGUGGGGGCAAGAUGGAGGACAGGGUGGUUACCCCAGAGAUAAUCCCCAUGACACUGGUGCUGGACCUCCUCCUCCAGGAUUUAAACCUGACUUCACAGGUUAUGCAGGUUAUGCUGGUGCCAACCCUGGUUAUGGCUUCCACAGCGACUACACACAUGGACAGCAUUACCCAGGAGGCCGAGCAGCACACGGCACCGGGAAUGGCUUCUGGAGUGGAAUGGGAACCGGAGGACUGCUGGGAUAUCUCUUCGGCCGUCAGAGAAACCAGCCGUACAACCACGGCUACUCCGGUUUCAGUAACAGCAGACCCUCCCCCAGCAGAGACACCACCUCAUCCUCUGGGACGCGAACCGCUUCAGGUUUUGGAGGAACCAAAAGAAGAUAAAAGCUGUGAAAUGGACUGAUAUUCUUCAUUUUAUUAAAUAAAAAGGCCAGAAGAAGAUAAUCUCUUCAUGCACAGAUUAAAGUGUCCAAGAACAGAUGAACAGAACUCGGUUAAAAGGUGAAUGUUAUAAAAACUACUGUCUUGUGGUUUUGAGUUUAAGCUUUAAGUGUGAAGUUCUUAUAUAUAUAUAUAUUUUUUUUUUUUUUAUUAUUGUGGUCUUGCAUUUUUUCAUUGCUUUAGUUAGUAUUAUUAUCACUAAGUUUCUUUUUUGUGAAAAUCCACUUAUACAUUAUAUUUUCUGGUAUUCUAGACAGAAUGUGUUCUCCUCAGAUUGUUUGCACUCUGUCUUUAAGUCUGUUCAGUAAAAGACUAACAUGUCUCUGCUUCAUCAUGGAGAAAAACAUCUGUGAAAACUGGGGAAACGGCACAGG